CGCGACGCCAUUUCUGGACGAAAAUGACACUGCUACUAGUUGUAAUUCAUCAGAGGCCUCAGGAGGUUCCUCGAGGACAAGUGAUAGUAGAGCUUCUGACCACUCAGACUCCUCUUCAACCUCUACUAUUACAACUGAUGACGAAACAUCAAGAAGUGGCCCGGAAGAUGAACAUGAACUACCUCCCGAACUGCGUGCUUCUGAGGAGAAGGCAAGUCGACCAGCAAUGGGUAAGUACGAUGAAGAAUGCUGGAAAUGUGGAAUGCCCACGAAGUUUCAUCCUCGUUUUUAUGGCUCCUUACAGCAGUUGUAGUUCAUUUUAAGAAGCAUGAUUUUUGAUCCCUUUUUUAAGGGGGAAAGAAACACAAACAUGUCAAAGAUGCAGCUGCUUCUCAAGAUGAUGAAUAUAAGUACUUGAGUUCUUUACUAGGUCUAGGGUCUAAUGUUUGCAGCGUUUGGCAGUCAGGGGCCUUGUCGAAAAGGCCAUAGAUUUUGGAGCAACGGUAGAAGUGGUCCAACAAAUCCGCGAUAACUUUCGGUACCGAAUCGAGAAACGGAUCGAAAAUUACUCUUUCGGUACAGAGCUUUAACUUUGUUGCCCCACUCAAUUGGAUAUGGAUACUUAGAAGAUUUUAGAUUUUGGUGCAGAGUCGUCCAGCAUGUUCACUACUUUUCUGAAAUUUAAGGCCACUUGACAGGAGACACCAUAAAUAACAACCCACAGAUCCAACUCGCGAAGUGCCUAACGAGAAAACGUCGAGCAGCAGAUUACAGGAGCUCCGCUUAAACCUUUUUUUUGCCUCACUACAUGGAGAAUUAUGGUCAGCUUUUAUCCAUCCUCCUCAGCACCUUGGGACCUUUGUGCCCUGUUGUAUUCCUAUGAAAUACAAGGUGAAAGGGGUCCAGGCGAGGGCACCGAGAUGAAUAUGAGCUGCCUCUAAGAGAAAAGACAGGCGUCACAAGUCUCUGUGACAUGAUCGACGAUUUGCCGCUGGACUUGCAGAACAGUCAUGAAGAAUACAUGCCACGAGGCUCGCGCGGCCUUGUCAGUGGUGAUGGGAUCAUUAGUUGUACAUCAAAAGAUAAAAAUGCUGUAGUAGCCCAAGAUUCCAAGGUCCUCCCUACAACAACAUUCACUUCUCAAGAACAGCAAAAGACCACCACUGCUAUGCAGGAUGAUAAAGAAGAAAUCGAUAGCAAUACCUCGAAAAAGAGCUGCGUGCCAUCUCUACAUUCCUCUAGUGCUACCAGACACUCGACGGCUUUGGACUUAGGUCGAUUAGCCUCGCGGAAGCCCUUUCGUCUGGAACCAAGGUGUCAUUGCUGUGGCGUGCGACUGAAGAAAAAUCAAAAUCAAGUAGAACUUCAACUAGACGAAGUGGAAAAUGCUCCUCCUGCUUCUACUUCCUUCCACAACAAGUACAAGUACAAGAUUUUUUCCGAAAACAGUAGUACUUCUUUCGAAAUCAUCUCCAACAAAAUUCGCCGAAACACCUCUUUAGUCAGUGCACAGAACCACUCUCAAACCGCGAAAAAACCGGAAGAAUUGGUCGCGACAAUGCAGCAAUUGUUCCAGAUGCAAAACCUCAACUCUCUGCGACAUCGUCUAUUCGAUUUGCUGGGACAGAAUCCCUAUGCGGGGCUCUGUGUCCCAGAAAACGUAGAUCCUUGUACCUUCUAUUUCGCAGAGGACAAUGUGGAGAAUUUCGUUACUUCAUUAGAACAAGUGCCAUUGGGCAGCGGCAGUAAGAGGGCACUUAUCUUCAAGUCUUCUACAUCUAUUUCUGC